CCUCCUUCCCUCGCUGCCAGCCGAAGCCCGAACGGAGCGGAGCCCGGGCGGCUCAUUGCGGAGCGACGCUGCAGCCGCGAUGGCCACGACCGUGACCUGCACCCGCUUCACCGACGAGUAUCAACUAUACGAGGAAAUUGGCAAAGGGGCUUUUUCAGUCGUGCGACGCUGUGUCAAACUCUGUACUGGACAUGAGUAUGCAGCAAAGAUCAUCAACACCAAGAAGCUCUCAGCAAGAGAUCAUCAGAAGUUGGAGCGAGAAGCUCGAAUUUGCCGUCUCUUGAAGCAUUCCAACAUUGUUCGCCUCCAUGACAGUAUAUCAGAGGAAGGCUUCCACUAUCUCGUAUUUGAUCUGGUCACGGGUGGUGAGCUUUUUGAAGACAUUGUUGCCAGAGAAUACUACAGUGAAGCUGAUGCCAGUCAUUGCAUCCAGCAGAUCCUGGAGGCUGUUCUCCAUUGCCACCAAAUGGGGGUCGUCCACAGAGACCUCAAGCCGGAGAACCUCCUUCUGGCCAGCAAAUGCAAAGGUGCAGCGGUGAAGUUGGCAGAUUUUGGUUUGGCGAUUGAGGUGCAAGGAGACCAGCAGGCCUGGUUUGGCUUUGCCGGCACGCCCGGCUAUCUUUCUCCUGAGGUUCUACGCAAAGAAGCUUAUGGGAAACCUGUGGAUAUCUGGGCAUGUGGUGUUAUUCUUUACAUCUUACUGGUUGGAUAUCCUCCUUUCUGGGAUGAAGACCAGCACAAACUAUACCAACAGAUUAAGGCUGGAGCCUACGAUUUUCCUUCUCCUGAGUGGGAUACAGUCACCCCCGAAGCAAAAAACCUCAUAAACCAGAUGCUAACAAUCAACCCAGCAAAGAGAAUCACGGCUCAUGAAGCUCUGAAACAUCCAUGGGUCUGUCAACGUUCAACAGUGGCCUCCAUGAUGCACAGACAGGAGACUGUUGAGUGUCUGAAAAAGUUCAAUGCUAGAAGGAAGCUCAAGGGUGCAAUUCUUACCACUAUGUUGGCCACAAGAAACUUCUCAGUGGGCAGACAGACCACCGCUCCUGCCACAAUGUCUGCAGCAGCCUCCGGUGCCACCAUUGGGUUGGUGGAGCAAGCAGCUAAAAGUUUACUGAACAAGAAAGCUGACGGAGUGAAGCCGCAAACAAACAGCACCAAAGGCAGCGCAGGAGUCACAAGCCCAAAAGGGACUCUUCCUCCAGCUGCACUGGAACCUCAAACCACCGUUAUCCAUAACCCAGUGGACGGCAUUAAGGAAUCAUCCGACAGCACAAACACCACCAUAGAGGAUGAAGACACGAAAGUUAAAACCACUGAUAACGAGCUUGUAAAAAGCCAGGUAAACCCAGGAUCUGACCCUGAACUUCCUCCCAAUCUGCAGACAUUUCCGAUACCAUCUACCACCACUGCUGUUAUCACUGCUGCUUCAACCAAGCUAUCUGAUGUACUAGGCAUGGUAAAAAGAGGAUCAGGGGGCCCAGAAUCUGAAGAGUCAGCCGCUUCAGUCUCUGCACCCUGCAUAUCUCCAGCUGUUGCAAACCUUCUACCUCCACAGUCUGCCAAAUUCUCUGAAGUAUUAGGCAUGAUGAAACAAGGCUCCAGGCCACCAGAAGCAGAAGAACCAAAGCCUUCCGUUUCUUUGUCCUUUACACAACCUGUUGUUGCAAAUCCUUCUCCUGCCCAGUCUGCCAAGUUGUCUGAUGUAUUAGGCAUGGUGAAAAGGGACUAUGGGUCCCCAGACGCUGAAGAGCCAAAACCUUCCAUCACCCUGCCCGGCCCAUCCUCAGGUGUUGCAAAUCCUCUCCCUUUCCAGUCUGCCAAACUGUGUGAUAUAUUAGGCACAGUGAAAAAGAGCCCUAGACCACCAGAAGGUGAAGAAUCAAAGUCUUCCAUCACAUUGCCAUGCCCACCUUCUGUUGAUGCCAACCCCAUUUCUCCCCAAUCCGCCAGGUUAUCUGAUGUCCUAAGCAUGGUAAAGCGGGGCUGUGGAGCCCCAGAAGCUGAAGGGCCAAAGCCUGCUAUCACCCAGCUUUUCCCACUUCCACUGAUCACAAACCCUCUGCCUUCAGAUCCCCGAAAGCAAGAAAUCAUCAAGAUAACAGAGCAGCUGAUAGAGGCUGUGAACAAUGGGGACUUUGAGGCCUAUGCAAAAAUCUGUGAUCCAGGCCUAACUUCCUUUGAACCUGAAGCUUUAGGUAACUUAGUCGAAGGGAUGGAUUUCCACAGAUUUUACUUUGAAAACUUGUUAUCUAAGAACAGCAAGCCCAUUCACACAACCAUCCUGAACCCUCAUGUGCAUGUCAUUGGAGAAGAUGCAGCUUGCAUUGCCUACAUCCGCUUGACGCAGUAUAUUGAUGGGCAGGGCCGUCCUCGUACAUGUCAGUCAGAAGAGACUCGUGUCUGGCAUCGCCGUGAUGGAAAAUGGCAAAAUGUCCACUUCCACUGCUCGGGAGCACCAGUAGCACCACUCCAGUGAAGAAUGAAUGCUGGCUGUUCUGGUUUCAUCCCAAAGGAGACGGUGAUUUGAGCUGAGCCGCUAGCCGGGAGCAGCGGUGACAAGCACGUGCCCGCAUGCUCGUGUUCCCCAUUCUCUGUCCUCCCUUGUUCCAUUUCCAGUGCCUGUGUUU